CCAAGUUCAGCUUCUUUAGCUGCGGUGAGCGUAGCCAGAGGACUGCAGCAACCCGGUUCUGGAGGUGGAGGUCUCGGGUUCUCCGGUGCCUUUCGCUUGUGGUGGUCGCGAUGUUUUUCUCCGAGGCCGGAGCCCGGCCACGGACGUGGGAAGCCAGUCCCUCAGAACACAGGAAGUGGGUGGAAGUAUUUAAAGCAUGCGAUGAAGAUAACAAAGGCUAUCUAAACAGAGAGGACUUUAAAGUUGCUGUUAUAAUGCUGUUUGGGUACAAGCCCUCCAAGAUGGAAGCUGAUUCCAUGAUGUCUUCAGUAAAUCCAAACACUUCCGGUAUAUUGCUUGAGGAGUUUUUAAAUAUUGUUAGAAAAAAGAAGGAAGUUCAACUCCAUCGGAAUGAAAUAAGACACAUCUUCACAGCUUUUGACAGGCACUAUCGUGGGUAUUUAACUUUGGAAGAUUUCAAGAAAGCAUUUAGGCAGGUGGCUCCCAAGUUAUCAGAAAGGACUGUUCUGGACGUAUUCAGAACCGGAGCGAACUCCUGUUGACGUGGAAUGCGGUAAACGGGAACAAUGAGACUUGGUCCCUAAAGACGUGUCUUCAUCUCCGCGCAGACUGCGUCUAGCCACCAGCCGCAUCUGCUCUUCCACCACUCUGCUGUUCAAGUGUGGGUGCCGUGAAACCUUCCUUCUUCAAGGCAACUCUGCCCGCAAUGAAAAACAAUAUAUUUCAGCUUUUAAAAUUAUAGCUCUGAAAUGUAAAUUUCCUCUUCACCCUCCUUGAGACGACCAGACCACGCUCUCUCUCUCUCUCUCUCUCUCUCACUCUCUCUCUCACACACACACAAUAAUGAGGAGGAAAAGUCAGAAGAUAGAAAGUAUUUUACCCCGUCUCAUUCUAAAUAUAAACACGAUGUUCCUCCAUUCACUAUAUGAAUAAAAUGCCACUACAAACCUUAUGAAUAAAUGUUUCCAUUUUAACGAUUCUUGGUUAUACCGUGCCCAUUUUAUGAUGGGAAGUUUUGGCAAAGACAGCAAGAAAAGUAAGUGAAUGCAAUUACAAUGAAGUUUAUUUACUGAGAAAAAGGGAUUCCCUUUUCCACAAACAUUCAGCAUCUCAGUAAGUGAACAAACACACUGAGAAAAUAUUCUCGGAAGCAGUUUAUUCUAAACAUUACUUUUCUAGUUAUCCUCUUUAACCCACCCUCUGGGAUUUGUAGUUCAACCAUACCAGUUCAGAGUGGAAAGAAAAAAAGGCCACUUACCUAAUCCAUUUCCUUCAGAAAAAACACAUAGGCAAUAUUAAGAAUCUUCAAUUAUCUAAUUUAAUAAAAGGGAAGGUUUAUAUUCCGUAGUCAGUAACAUGUGAUACUGAUUAUUUCUAAUCCCUUAGAAGAGAUCUGACAUUCUGCUUUUGGUCCUGUAUAGCAUGAAAUCAUGUAUAUUUUACCAAAAGAAGUAGCAAAAAUAAUGGCCUCUGUAGUCUACAGUCAUUUUCUACGAACACACUGCAACAUGGUUUCACCCUGGGGCAGAGAAAUAGGGAUUUUCUCUACUUCAAAAGAAUGAAAAAUUACCAUCACUAUCCAGAACCAUUAUAGACUUCGGAGACUUUGGCAUGAAAUAUUCAGAAAGUUUAUUUUAGAAUUCAAUAUUUUAAAAGCCUGCUUUAAAACUAUUACAGUGAUUAGUGGCUCUGUUACUUGGGCCAGUCUUUGCUUUCAAAAGCCCUGUGUCAUGGUUGAUACCAUUUGUUGUUUCAACAAAAUGUAAUUUGCAUCAACCACAAGAGCUCUACAUAAGGAAUGUAAUGCAUUGUUUUAGAAGGCCCCCCAAAGAGGAAUUGUGACCACUGCUCAUCAGUUACCCUUUCAAACACACUUCUGAAAUAAACGUUACCUUUCCUGUCAUGGUUGAAAUGUGUGAUUUUUGUCCUUCUGACAUGUGUUAUCUUACCCAUGUGGAGGGGGCACGAUUUCUCUGUCCCUGUUGAGGGAGCAAUGCUCCUGUCUCAGUGGUUCUCAGGACACACACGGCCAACCCAACUGAGGCCACCCACAGCCUCAGCCAACCAGCCAGAGGCUCCCAUCUUCACUGCUCUUCCUAGGAGUCCGAAAAGCUGAUUGGAUAUUUGUGAGGAUUUAACACAACUUCCGAGGCCAGUGAAGACUUCUGGAGCUAGAGUUAGCCACGUGAAAUUGCAAUACAACCCCUUCUCCUUGGACUAGUCUAUUUACGUAGGGAGGCAACGUGCAGUAGAGUACUUAGAGAGCGUUGGUUUGGGAAUAUCAUGGUCUCGAUUUGCGUUCCAAGUCUGCCCACUUACCAGCAGUGUGAUCUUGUGAAGUUGGUGGACCGCUUUCAGCUCAGUGUCUCUGUCUGUAAAGUGGACCCAUCCCAGCACCAUGCUGAGAUUCGAUGAGACAAGGAAUGCCAAGGCAGCUCGGUGCAGGUGUCAAUCAUUGUUCCCAUCAUCGCUAUUUAUUCCCCAAACAUUUUUCUUAUCUCUCGUUGGUUUAUUACACAUUUCUGUUGUGUAUUGCAUAUAUAUUUGUUGAUACAUCACAGAAAGAAUGUGCAGGAUGACAAGAAAAACCGUCAUUUCUGCUUUUUUAAAAAAAAACCUGUGCAUUUGGCUUCAUCCCUUUAAAUGUAUUGAAUAUAUUAUUUUUGUAGGUUUUAAUGAAUAUGUUUUCCUUUCCUUCCCACCAUAGGCGUUAUCAGUAUAAGAAAAAAAUAGGCAUCAAAUUUGCCUUCAAGUAGGUGCCUCUCACUCAUAGACAUGCAAAGAAAUAAAGAUUGUGGAGUGCUCUUGAUGCAGAAGUGUGACAAAAAUAACCUGUAAAUAACUAAAUUUCUUGUUUCACUUUCCAGGGAAGUAGAUCAAGACUCAGACGGUCUUGUCAGCUUUAAAGACUUUGAAUAUGCCAUGAACUAUGGACAAAAUGAAGCCUAACUAUUGUGAACUGCUUUUGGCAACUUCUGGGGAGAGAAAUAGAUUGUAAUGUAUAUUUAAAUGUCAAACGCUGCUCCGUUAGUGAUGUAAUUAUGCUGCAUACUUGUGAUUAAACUCUCCAUUGUGGUUUUCAGAUGCUGAUAUUACUUGCAUCGCAGAAUCCUAGAGGUAGGUGGUCAUUACAGGUAGUCUUCCAUGGGCCUAGCAGCCCUGAGCGAGGCUGCUGCUGGCUCGGCCACUAGGGCAGGUCCCCACCCCUCCUCUUCACUCUCAACCCACCACACCCACCCACGCUGUGGGCUGGGGCGCUCCACUCACUAGUCCUCACCAUCCCACCUGCUCGCUCCCUGAUUCUCGUUGGUUCCUAAUGCCUGGAGAGAAGUCACUUUUUCCUGCCAAUGGUACCAAUUUCCUUCUUGCAUUCAACUUGUUUUGAACAAAUAAUAGCACCUGUGUGUACUGAGUGCUUAACGAUGUUCCAAGCAAUGAUCAAAAAAGCAUUAGAAAAACAAGGACUUAAGAUUUCUCUAAGAUAAUGGACCCAGUGUCAAAAUCAUCAUUGAAAAAUGGCCCUAGGGCACUCGCUGUACGUGAUUAAAAAAAAACCAGAUUGGGCUGACACAAGUAAGUCUUGUCCAGCUGUAUACACAGGAAGAACAGCAUGCAGUAAGGAAGGAUACUGGGGGCAAAAGACUUAUUUGCGGAGCCCUUUCAGAUGGCUUGGGCCUGGGGUUCGUGUGGCUACUCUGCUGUGUCCUCUGCUGCACGCUUCCUGGCUGUGGGGAGCCCCGCUUGCACCAAGAGCCUGAGCCGUCUGCGUUCACAUUCUCCGUCUUUUGCCCGUCGGUCCGGGGGAUCUGGUAAUUGCUGUGCCGGAACAGAAACUGUGACACGGGACCCUCAGCACGCAUUUUACAUAAAUGCUAGUAUCAGUGCCAAUAUUUUAGCUCUAAGUGUUCAGAAAUCGUAACGUUAACACUAGGAAAACAUCUAAUUCAAAUUUUAAAAGUAGUAAACAUUUAAAGAUCAAGUAAAAAUAGACAUUUGUACAAUAGAAACAUUAAACAAGCAUCACUUGAACACAAAUUAUUGGCAGAUAAAAACAAGGUCUUAAACUUAUUAUAAACCAAAGGAGCCUCAGGAGACAAAACAAUAUAAUUUGAUGUUCUUGGAAUAGAAAAAAGAACAUGAGGUAAGGACUAAUAAAGAAUGGACUUUAGUUAACAAUAAGUAGUAGUAUCUUCACAAUUUUUCUGCAAAUCUAAAGCUAUUCCAAAAUAAAAAGACUGUUUUAAAAAUCUUAUUCAAAGAUCAGCAAACUAAACAUUAUCAAAAAUGAAGAAAACUUUGAAAAUCAUUGAGAAGUACAAAUGAAUAUUGUUUCAAAAGCAAAGUGGAUCCAAGGUAUCCUUGAGUAUCAUGUGUGUUUUAGUACAAAUUGUUCCAGCUGAUGGAAAGCGCUUUCUGACUUUGGGUAGAGUUUUGUUCAGGAAGUGUUUUCAUCAGAACUUAAAUAGUUGAGUCAUUGGUCUUCAUCUCAUUAUAUAAGUGAUACUGAUUUUAGAUUUUUUUAAAUAUCGAAAUCAGAGUAAGCCACCAAGAAAGUGCCAGUACUUCAGAAAUUGCCAGAAUGCUAAAACCUUGAACUGCAGUCACCAUUUGGACGUUAUUUCUCCCGGGAAACAUGACAAGAGAAAGAGAGGAUUCACUUUCUCCAGUUGAUGUGGGAGGCAAGAGGCCAGGCUGGGAAUAGCUAUCGGGCAACUCCCUUGACCCUGGAUUAGUCCAGGCUUUUUUCGGUCUCAAUGACAGAAAUCUACCCAAACGAGCUUAGAUGCAAAGGGAACUUAUUAGAAAAUACUGGGCUAGCUUACGGAAUCUAACAUAAGGAGGGCGGUGGUGCAGCUGAGUUUCAAGAUAACUAGCAGUGCAAGUACCUCCAGACCCCACCUCUGUGCCAUAUGAACCAUCAGCCUCACUUGGUUCCAAAAAGGAGUUGGCCCAUGAUCUGUCCAGUUCCAAGUCCAAAGACCCCAGAAAGAGGCUCUGGUUGGCCUCUGGAUCAGUCAACUCUGGUUCAUCUAGAGGGUAUAGACAUGGCCACUGGACACUCCAAGUGUACUGAGGGCUGGUCACAGGGAGUGGAAGUUGAUAAAAGCCAGGCAGCCAUUCCACUUUCUUGGAAGAAAUUGUACCUAGUUUGGAUGGAGAGCACGCCUAGGAUUUGCUGCUUAGGAGGGUCCACGCUCUCAGAGCAAAGAUCAAAAAGAAAGGGGAGGUGAGAAGCUGCUCAUGCCACUCUCUCCUCAUCACUUCCCCUAGGCCCAAUCCAGAUCCUCAUCCUGUAAGUUUUCCCUUCAGCUUCUCACUUCCAGGUCCCAGUCCCUACCCUCAUCCCCAAACCACAUGAUGCUGUCUGUAUAGUGUGACCUUGUUGUUCUACCCUCAGUUGAAUGGCCCAAGGGUGGGCAUCCAUGCAAGUUGAUCAACUCCAUCCCUUCCCUUUGGAGACAUCAAGAAGAAGAGUGAGUGAGACAUAGCAGUGCUCCUCUGAGUGGCUGAGUGGGUGGUUAUGACUCAGGAGCAAAUGCAGACAUGUUUUCCACCACAUGGCCUGGAAAACCGAGGCAGCUGGUUUGCAAUGAGAGCAGAAAGUGAAAUAGCUAGAGGAGAACAAGAAUGAAGCUGGAGAAACCCUAUGGUACUUGCUUUCUGGUUAAAGCUUGUGUGCAAAGCCCAGUCAUAACACUUUGGGUCCUAUGAGGUAACCCUGUA